UCGAAGCGAUGCUGCAGAGGUUGGACAUGGUUGCUGGCGCGCAAGCUCACCAGCACUUUUGAAUCUGUACCCGGAGCAUGGCGCUCGGCCGGCUUGUCCUUGUGGGCUAUGGACUACUUGUGGCCACCGCCCAGCCUGUGAUCUCCAACCCCUUGGUGCUCUUGUUGAACUCAGGAGUGCAAGCAGUUGCCCAGCGACCUGCGUACAUCCUAGGAGUUGUUUCGACUGCACCACCUGUACCCCCAGUGUCGACGCUUGUCCCAGCCAGUGAAGACAACAACCCUGUCGUGUUGAUGCUCAAUGUUGGUAUUCGAGGUGGCAGCGGGACAUUCAAGCACGAGCCCAAUUUGCCACAGUUAAACACAGCUGCGAAAGGAGAUCCCGUCGACGAGAAUAACCUCGACUUGCUGCGCACCCCUCAGAGCAAGGUGCACUUGAUGUCUGGCAUUGCGGCCGCGCUGUCCAUUGUAUCUGGUGCGAUUCUGGCAUUCCUGGGCUUCAAAUUGCUACGCAUUUCAGCCCUCCUAUGUGGUUUUGCCGUGGGUGGUCUUACCAGUUACGUCCUUUCAACAAUUCUCUUUCCUGAUCCAUCCUCUAUCGUGCUGGCGGCAUGGCUAUCGCUCUUGGUUGGUGGCCUUCUCAUUGGGGUGAUUUGCAUGCUUGUCGAGCAAGUCGGCAAUUUCAUUGUCGGGGCGUCGGGGGGGAUGGCUCUCGCAAUUUUGAUGCACAUUUCGUUCAACUACUUGUUCUGGCCAUCCAACCCCAACGCCGCGUUGUACGUCUGGGGAGCCAGCUUGUCCCUUGUGUUGGGCCUACUGGCAGUGCUAGUAGGUAAGCCCCUACUUGUUGUCGCCACUGGGCUGACCGGGGGGCUCACGUUUAUCUGGGGCAUCGGGUACUUUGCCGGUCGGUAUCCGUGUGUGAUUGCGCUACCUCGUACUCAGUACCUUGCGGGAGGAGCAUGGCACUAUGCAACUCCAUCUGCAUGGUGGGGGUAUCUCACAGCCAGCUUGGUCGUUGCGAUUGCAGGCAUUGGUCUGCAAUGGACUGUCACUGGAGUUGUUGGCGCUACCCCAAAGAAACCAGAAGACCCACACCACGCCACCCACAAGACGGGCCACCGAGAACUCCACGGCCCUCCUGAUGACCAUCGCCACACUCGCCACUCCCGCCGCGACGACGACAUCGAGUUGAUCGACACUCGACACGGUCGGCGAAGCAGCACGCCCGAAGACGACCUCGAACGCAAUCCCAACCGCUAUGGAGAAGACCUGGAACCUGUGACUACAACCACAUACGUCACAGUAGGAACCCCACGCAACAUGCAUGGCCAUCACCACCGUCGUUGAAUUGCAAUACUAUCCGUCCUGUUCAUUGUGUA